UGAGACAAAGAGAGACAAACAUAUCACUGUAUCUCAACGCCGACAGCCGUCAAUUUUAUAAAUAUAAAUGCACAAUAAAUGUUCAUAAAAAUAGUAUAUUUAGCGGUUCGUAAGUCGUGUAAGACGCCUUAUUUGUUGGAAAUACCCUCUGCAGCCAUGUCAUCAAAACCAUUGAGCUUAGACACUCUGAACAAAUUCCGGAGCGAUUUCUACGCAGACCCCAAAAAUGAAUUGGCACAAAAUGUUUGUACACGAUUUGACCCAUUUGAGGUGGCAAUCAGCAAGAAAAGAGUGGACAGCUCUCUUCACUACUAUAAUAUUAAGGUGGAAUCUGAAGGGAAGCCGGUAACAAAUCAAGAGAAUUCUGGUCGAUGCUGGCUGUUUGCUGCGCUGAAUGUCAUGCGCCUGCCGUUCAUGAAGAAAUAUGGCAUUGAAGAGUUUGAAUUUUCUCAAAGCUAUCUCUUCUUCUGGGACAAGAUUGAGCGGUCCCACUACUGGCUCAAUAACAUUGUAAGCACGGCGAAACAGGGUGAGAAGCUGGAAGGGAGAUUAGUCAACUUUUUGCUCAAGGAUCCCAUAAACGACGGAGGACAAUGGGACAUGAUCGUGAACCUCGUGAACAAGUAUGGCGUGAUACCUAAGAAGUGUUUCCCGGAGUCGUUCAGCUCACGGAAGAGUCUGCAUAUGAACGCCCUCAUUAAAACUAAGCUGCGUGAAUACGCCAAGGAAUUACGAGACAAAGUCGAGGCCAAUGCGUCGGAUGCAGAGAUCCAAAACACAAUUAGCAAACAGAUCGCAGUCAUUUACAAUAUUGUGGCAACUUGCUUAGGAACCCCACCAGAGAAGUUCACAUUCGAAUUCUACAACAAAGAGAAGGCCUACAAUAAUUUGGGACCCCUUACACCGUUGGAGUUCUACGACAAACACGUGCGACCGUUGUUCAACGUCGAUGAUAAGGUGUGUUUAGUGAGUGAUCCACGCCAAUCCAACCCGUUCGGCAACCUGUACACACUGCAAUGCCUGGGCAAUGUGGUCGGUGGCCGGCAGACUGCAUACAACAAUCAACCCAUCGAGACGCUUAUGAAGGCAGUUAAAGACAGCAUUCAAGGCGGAGAAGCCGUAUGGUUUGGAUGUGAAGUCUCUAAGAGAUUUGAGAGAAAGAGUGGCCUCGAAGAUCUAGACGCGCAUGACUACCGGCUGGUGUUCAACACAGAUGUGCAGAUCGGGCUGGAGAAGGCGGACCGGCUCUUGUACGGCGACUCGUGCAUGACCCACGCCAUGGUCUUCACUGCCGUCGGCACUGACGAACAAGGAAACCCGUUGAAAUUCCGCGUAGAAAAUUCCUAUAGCGAUAAAGAAUAUGACAAGGGAUAUUUAUUACUCACUGAGCCGUGGUUCAGGGAGUUUGUAUUCGAGGUGGCAGUCGACAAGAAAUAUGUACCAGCAGAAGUACUUCAAGUGUUCCAACAAGAACCAAAACUCCUACCGGCUUGGGACCCCAUGGGCACCUUGGCUUGCCCCCUCUGCUCCAAAGAAUAACGGAUGAUGCAUUUUUUUAUUUUAUUAUGCAACAAGCUUGCGUACUAUUUAUGAACGUAUAAAGAAAAAAAAGAAAUAAAAUAAAAGAAAAUUAAAUUGAAUCUAGGUUUUUUGUCACUUUUAUUUAAAUUAGUUGUUGUAUUCGGAAAAAAGAGACGUACACUUCAAUAGUUGAAACGGGUUUGCCAGGCGUUUUUGUGAAUAAACGAGAUGGUUAAUGGUAAUUAUUCAUCUGUCUAAAUAUAUGUUAACUGACUAGUUUGGGGUGAUCAAAAAUUGUGGCACAGCCCCUGUGACAGCUACAUUUUAAUAGUAAAAAAUUCGGUUUUUUAAAACUAAAUUGAAAUGUGAUGUUACAACAAAAUGAAAGACCUCUCCUAGGGAUUCUAGACUACAUGAUGUUUACACGAACUUUGUGACUCCCCCAAUAUUUUGUAAUACACACGUCACACUUUGUCGAACUCGAGAAUGACAGUAUAUGAGAUGCCACCGUCACAUUGUAUUGUGAUAUCCUGUGGUUUCAUAAGCCGUCGGCUUGUUUAUCCAGUUACGUAAAAAAAACCUACGAAAUUAACUUACGAUAAAUGUUACUUACAUUGCACGUUAUCUCAAUUUUUAUAUACAAAAGUAGACUAAGCUGUAUGGUCUAAUGAUCUUUUCCUGUUCCGUUAUUGAAAAGGAGAUGGAAAAAAAGUGAUUUUUAUUACAUAUAUAUAUGUAUCGUAAGUUUCACUGCCAUAUUUACAAGUACAGAUAU